CUCUCUCUCAUGCCAAUUGCCCAAGAAUUACAAGGCCUACUUAAUUAUACAUGAAAAUGGCAGCACCAUCACCUCUUUCUCAUCCAGUCUCUCAUCGAAUUUAUCACCUCAUGAUUCUCUAUCUUCAAACCCAUUUUUUUAGUAGGCUUUGAUCGAUCCUUUGUCUUGAAGUUUUUCAUGUUCUCGUUCAUGGGGGUUGGUUUCUCUGGUUUUGCAGCAAAUCAGAAUUAUGGAGUUUGUUCUCCAUCGAAGCCCGGUCUGGAUGACUUGCCGGAGAAUUGUAUAGCAUCCAUUCUCAAGUACCUGGAUCCGCCGGAAAUUUGUAAAUUAGCCCAACUGAACAAAACUUUUCGUGGCGCUUCUUGGGCUGAUUUUGUGUGGGAGUCGAAGUUGCCUACGGAUCAUAAGUUCCUUGUUGACAAAGUUCUACAUGGAAACCCCGAGAACUUGCCUAAGAAAGAGAUUUAUGCAAGACUGUGUAGACCCAACAGCUUUGAUCAUGGCACCAAGGAAGUUUGGUUGGACAAGAGUAGUGGUAAGAUCUUUAUGUUGAUUUCGUCGAAGGCAUUGAGGAUAACUGGGAUAGAUGAUCGAAGAUACUGGAAUUAUCUUCCGACUGAGGAAUCCAGAUUUCACACAAUUGCGUACCUUAAAAAAAAUUGGUGGGUUGAAAUACUUGGAGAGUUGGAGUUCGAAUUUCCACCUGGCAAGUACAGCCUAUUCUUCCGGCUUCAGCUAGGCAAAGCCUCGAAACGAUUUGCUCGAAGGGUCUGUAACCUUGAUCAAGUACAUGGGUGGGACAUCAAACCUGUCCGGUUUCAGCUAUCUACAAUAUCGAACGGUACUGGUGAUCAGCAUGCAGUAGUACUUUCUCAUGGAUGUUACCUGCGGGAAACAGGCAAAUGGAUCCAUUACCAAGUGGGUGACUUUGUCGUUGAUCAUGAUGAUCAGAACCGUAACACGCCCACGAAGAUCAAGUUUUCGAUGGACCAGAUUGACUGUACACACACCAAAGGUGGUCUAUGCGUAGACUCCGUGUUCAUAUGUCCGACUGAGUUCGGAGAAAGAUUGAAAUGAUUUUAAUUAGGAGCGCUUUCAGCUAACUUCAGUUGCAGCUAGCUGGAAACGAUAAAUUAAAGAGAAAUGUAAUUGAAGUAGUAGCUAGCUGAUCAAUUCUUUAUACCAUUUCUUUUUUCUUAAUUUCAAAUUAUAAUUUGCAUUUGAAUUAGCAAAGUAGAGGACGUACAGGAUCAGUGGGUGCCUGCUUAUCAUGUUUUCUGUUCUAUAUAAAACAUUGAUGAGUGUGGUGGUGAUCUUAAUAGUUGAUCAUCUCGAGUACUACUGCAUACACAUGAUGAAUCAAGAUUGUUGUAAAUUUGGUUUCUUUAGUUCAUGAUCACGAAAUGGGUACUCAUGAUGUUCUUCGAGUACGCCUCUUUCUCAUCAUGAUUUGUAUUUUGUUAUCUCAGUUAAUUCUAUUUUGCACAGAUUAAAACGUA